CCCCCCCCCCCACCUGAGAGAGUCUUCCACCACCCCCCCAUACGCUCCGGACAUCCCCGGGAACAAGAAUCAGGCUCUGCAUACACCAUCAAGCAGCCCGCAGCCUCUCUCAGAUCCCACCCUGGUCCCCAUGCUGCGUGUGUCCCUUCUUCCAUCCCUUCUUUUCGGGGGGCGGCGCUGCCCACCCUCAAAAAUGCCACCCUAGGCAAAUGCUUUCAUUGCCCUCCUGAAAAAUGCUGCCCUAGGCAACUGCCUUGUUUGCCUUGUGGUAAAUACACCCCU